GCUUUCUACCAGUGCAGUUGUAGUCUUAACAUGACGAAAUCAUUUGAGAGGGCUGCUGCCUCUAUGGCACGUGCUAUUAUCAUACUACCAACGAAAGGUGAUAGGUAUGAAGUUGAUACAGACGCAUUUCUUUCUGUAUUAGCCCUUCAACCUAUACAAAAGAUGGAAUCGAUCCCAACCAUUGUAGAGGUAUCAAGCCCUAAUACGUAUGAUCUUCUCAAGUCUAUUUCGGGAUUGAAAGUGGAGCCGGUUGAAAAUGUUACGUCGAAAUUGUUUGUCCAAUGCUCACGUCAAAAAGACCUGAUAAAGAUCUACAGGCACCUACUAAAUUACUCAAAAAAUGUAUUUAAUCUUUGCAGCUUCCCCAAUCUAGCUGGGACGAAGUAUAGACAAUUAAGACUGGGGUUCCAGGAGGUUGUGGUCUGUGGCCUUUUACGAGAUGGGAAAGUAAAUUUCCACCCAAAUGAUAACGAAGAGCUCAUGGAAACCGACAAACUAUUGUUUAUCGCACCUCUCAAUUGGAAAAAGAAGCAACUAUUAUAUGCAGACAUGAAACUUGAGAACAUUACAGUUGCGACUGAUACUCGGAAGCAAGUGUUUGAGAAAAAAAGAUCACGGCUAGCAAAAAUUAUAAUGCGUCCUCGUAAGUCCUUAUCAAAGGGAUCAGAUUCUGUCAAAGGACCCACAGAAUCUAUACUUUUACUUGGUUGGCGUGGAGACGUUGUGCAAAUGAUCGAGGAGUUUGAUAACUAUCUUGGUCCAGACAGUUCAAUGGAAAUAUUAUCGGAUGUACCGUUAGAGGACAGAAGAAGAGUGGGCGAUAGUAUGGGUUCAGUGAAAAUCAAGAACAUCCAAGUUUCACAUAAGGUUGGGAAUCCUCUGAAUUAUGAUACAUUAAAGCAAACUAUAAUCCGUAUGAAAAGUAAAUAUAGAAAAGGCAAAAAUAUUCCUUUGACCAUCCUUGUCAUAUCGGAUCGAGACUGGCUUCUUGGAGAUCCAUCUAGAGCAGACAAACAAUCCGCUUACUCUCUUCUCCUCGCUGAAAGCAUCUGCAACAAGCUUGGAGUAAAGGUACAUAAUCUAGCCUCUGAAAUCGUCGACUCAAAACUCGGCAAGCAGAUAACAGGACUCAAGCCGUCCCUAACUUUCAUAGCGGCAGAGGAAGUUAUGAGCCUUGUAACAGCACAAGUUGCUGAAAACAGCGAACUGAACGAGGUAUGGAAGGACAUUCUAGACGCAGAUGGUGACGAGAUAUACGUUAAGGACAUUGAACUGUACAUGAAAGAGGGCGAGAACCCUUCAUUCACUGAGCUCUCAGAGCGAGCUUGGCUAAGGAGAGAAGUCGCCAUAGGCUACAUAAAAGGCGGUAAAAAGGUAAGUGUUUUAUUACUCCAAACUGCAACAAACUGUAACCUCCUCGUCUUCACUGAUGUGGAUAACUCAGUUUUUUCCGUGGUUACAGAUAAUCAAUCCGGUUCCAAAGACAGAACCUCUCUCCCUUGAAAUGAAUGACUCAUUGAUUG